AUGAAUCGUGCCCUGUUCGGAAGCUUGGUGGCCAUCUCGGCCACGGACAGCAGCACCCGUGGUGUCAGCAGUCGCGCAGGAUCCGGAGAACCGUUGGAGCCCAUUCUCGCGGGCCGCAACAGUUUGCCUCCUGCGCCACCGAUCUUCAAACCGAUCGUUCCCUCGAAGCAGAACGGAACCGUACUGACCCACCACAGUAACGGAGGCACCAUGACAAACGACCGCCCGGUCGAACUAUCGAAACGCACAGCGGAAGCACGGGAGGCGCUUAAAAAGGCACACAUUGUGUGUUUUGAUGUCGACUCCACCAUUAUCACCGAGGAAGGCAUCGACGAGCUGGCCCAGUUCUGUGGCAAGGGCAGCGAAGUGGCCGCGCUCACACGGGAAGCGAUGGGCGGCAGCAUGACGUUCCAGGAAGCGCUUAAACGCCGGCUAGACAUUAUCAAACCGUCACAGCGACAGAUUCGCGAAUUUCUUAAAAUGCACCCCUCGACGAUCUCGUCCGGUGUGAAGGAGCUGAUCGAGCAGCUGCGGCAAAACAACGCGAUCGUGUUCCUGGUUAGCGGAGGGUUCGAUUGUUUGAUCGAACCGGUGGCGGACGCGCUGCAGAUACCGCUGUGCAAUCUGUACGCCAACAAGCUGUACUUCAACUACAACGGAAGCUACGCUUCGUUCGAUGCGACGCAGGUUACGUCGCGAUCGGGUGGAAAGGGAGAAGCGAUCAAACUGAUCAAGGGUCAGGUGGCGGGCGGCAUGAGUGCCGGGGCGGACAAGAUCGUGGCGAUGAUCGGUGACGGGAUGACGGAUUUGGAAGCGUGUCCACCGGGAAACUUUUUCAUCGGAUACGGUGGCAAUGCCGUGCGGGAGGAGGUUCAAAAGCGGGCCACCUACUACGUGACCAACUUUGCCGAUCUCCUGUGGUGAUCCGGCGGAU